CAGACACAAAGCUUCCCCUUGCGUACAACCUUUGAAGCUUACUCAUGGGUGUGCAUACCAGAAUUCUCUUGAGUUUUCUCUCUGUUUCCAUCCUUCAUGCUCACACAACUAUUUGCUCCACCACUGGAAAUGUUGAUGCAUCUAGGCUAGAUACAUAUGUAGUGCGUGUGCGUCCACCACCAAACUUUUCAAUUGACAUGAGCAACAUCCAGCUUGAGAGUUGGUACAGAUCAUUUCUGCCACCAAGGAUGGCUUCAUCAAAUUCUCAGCAGGCAUUCAUCUACACCUACAAGACGGCCAUUUUCGGCUUCACGGUGAAACUCACCGAAGCUGAAAAGGAAUUUGUUAUGAAGAAAAACGGCGUCCUUGAGGUAUACAAAGACAACCUCCUCCCUCUCUUGACUACUCACACCCCAGAUUUCCUAGGGCUGCGUCUCAGUGAAGGAUCCUGGAAAAAAACUGGCAUGGGUGAGGGUGUCAUCAUAGGAAUCCUUGACACAGGGAUAGAUUCCAGGCACAUCUCAUUUGAUGAUGAUGGCAUGCAGGAGCCACCCGCUAAAUGGCGCGGCUCCUGCGAGUCAUCUCAGAUGAAAUGCAAUAAGAAACUCAUUGGGGCUAGCUCAUUCAAGGGUGGCCAUAAAUCAUUGCCUCCUAUGGAUGACAGUGGCCAUGGAACACAUACAGCAAGCACAGCAGCUGGUAGUUUUGUAGAUGGUGCAAGUGUGUUCGGCAAUGGGAAUGGCACCGCAGCUGGCAUGGCUCCUCGUGCGCACCUCGCUAUCUACAAGGUGUGUAGCCGAAAAAGCUGUGCUGAAUCUGACAUACUUGCUGGCAUGGAGGCAGCCAUUGCUGAUGGCGUUGACAUCAUGUCCCUGUCUCUUGGUGGUCCCCCAAAACCAUUUUACAGUGAUGUAAUAGCCAUUGCAUCUUUUUCUGCCACGAGGAAAGGCAUAUUUGUGAGUCUUGCUGCAGGGAAUUCUGGUCCAUUCUCCAGCACACUGAGCAACGAGGAGCCAUGGGUUCUGAGUGUUGGUGCUAGCACGAUGGAUAGGCAAAUGGAAGCCAUUGUCAAGCUUGGUGAUGGUCACUUGUUUGUCGGCGAGUCUGCGUACCAACCUUAUAACAUUGGUUCCUUACAACUAGUGUACCCACCAUUUGAACCUUUUCAUAUAAAUUGCCUCUUUGUGAAAGAUGUUGCAGGCAAGAUUGUUGCCUGUGAGCACACACACUCUGCGUCCCUGAUUGGACGCAUCGUCAAGGACGCUGGUGGAUCAGGGUUGAUUUUACUUGGUCAAGAAGGUAGUGGCCACACAACAUUUGCUGAGCUAAGUGUCUUACCAGUGUCCUAUGUGGAUUCCCCAGAUGCAGUAGCAAUCAGAGAGUACUUUAAUUCAAGUAACAAUCCGACUGCCUCGAUCAUCUACAAUGGUACCUCAUUGGGGAAUACUCAAGCUCCUGUAGUUGCAUUUUUCUCAUCUCGUGGUCCAAGCACUGUGAGCCCAGGUAUUCUAAAACCUGACAUCAUCGGUCCUGGAGUGAAUGUCAUUGCAGCCUGGCCAUUCAUGGAAGGGAAGGAAGCUGAUGAUGCUAAACACAGGACCUUCAACUGCUUAUCUGGAACAUCAAUGUCAACUCCUCACCUCAGUGGCAUUGCUGCUCUCAUCAGGGCAACACACCCAGACUGGUCACCUGCAGCAAUCAAAUCUGCGAUCAUGACAACAGCUUAUGUUGUAGAUAAUCAGAACAAGCCAAUCCUUGAUGAAAAAUUCAAUACUGCUGGGCAUUUUGCAAUUGGUGCUGGACAUGUUAAUCCUUUUGAAGCUAUUGACCCAGGUCUGAUCUAUGACACUGAUGAGGCACAAUACAUCUCAUAUCUCUGUGGCCUGGGUUAUACAGAUGCUCAAGUUGAGAUAAUUACACAUCAGAAAGAUUCCUGCCAAAAUGGAACCAAAAUAACUGAAGCUGAACUUAAUUACCCAUCAGUAGCAGUAAGGGCAAGUGCCGGCAAGCUUGUUGUGAACCGGACUGUCACUAAUGUGGGAGAAGCAAAUUCAAGCUACACUGUGGAAAUUGAUAUGCCCAGAGAGGUGAAGGCAAGCGUGUCACCAACAAAGCUAGAAUUCACCAAGAUGAAUGAGAAGAAAAUCUUUUCAUUAAGCUUAAGUUGGGAUAUUGAAAAAACUAAUCAUGCCGAGGGAAGCUUCAAGUGGGUAUCUGAGAAGCAUGUUGUGAGGAGUCCAAUUGCAAUUUUUUAAUGUAACUACAUAAAAAUAAGGUGUUCCUAUGAGUUUGCCACUGUUUGUCUGAAAUAAGAAAGUUGCAGACAAUACCAUUA